GGAAACAAGAAACGUGGACGAAGGGCUCGACAGACAGAAACGAACACAACAUUUCAUCCUGAGAUUCAGGCGGCCGAAGACAUUACCACAAAACAGCUAUCCUGAAAGUUGAAUCUAAGGCGAAUCAUCCGGAUUUCCCGAAAUAUGCUCUCAUUCACGCCCAUUGCCUCGGCUUCUAUAAGUUCAGGAAAAGUUCUUGGAAGUCUUCUCUCAGAUAUUUUUCCACAAAGUGCCAAAUAUCAGCAAUCACUGAGUAGAGGAAGAAAAAGAAUAUCAUUUCAGGGUUUCAUGAAGUUUGUACAGACAUCAUGCCAGAUAUCAGUCCCAGGGGUGCCAGUGAGUGGUCAGGCAGAAAAGCCUAUGAAAUUUAUGAGAGAUAAGAAGGUGGUUCCGGAAGCUGAUCCUCCAAGCAAUGAAGAUGUCAUCUGGUUGUAUCAGUUUUUGUGUCAGAGUUCAAAGCUUGUUGUGUUAACUGGAGCGGGGAUGAGCACUGAAUGUGGAAUUCCUGAUUAUAGAAGCCCAAAUGGAGCUUACAGUGCUGGUUUCAAGCCAAUUACUCAUCAGGAGUUUCUCCAUUCAAGCCGGGCCCGUAAGAGGUAUUGGGCAAGGAGCUAUGCUGGAUGGAGACAGUUUACUUCUGCACAGCCUAGUUCUGCGCACAUUGCUUUAGCAUCUCUAGAAAAAGCUGGCCGAAUAAGGUUCAUGAUUACACAGAAUGUUGAUAGGUUGCAUCAUCGUGCUGGAAGCAACCCACUUGAAUUGCAUGGUACUGUAUAUUCAGUAAUUUGUUUAGAUUGUGGUUUCUCAUUUUGCCGAAAUUUAUUUCAGGAUGAGGUAAAGGCUCUUAAUCCAAAGUGGGCAGCUGCAAUUGAAAGCUUGGACCAUGUUAACGUUGGAUCAGAUAAGAGCUUUGGCAUGAAGCAAAGGCCUGAUGGGGACAUUGAGAUUGAUGAAAAAUUUUGGGAGGAGGAUUUCCACAUCCCCACAUGCCAGAAUUGCAAUGGAAUGCUUAAACCUGAUGUAGUCUUCUUUGGUGAUAAUGUGCCCAAGGAAAGAGCUGAUAAGGCACUUGAAGCUGCAAAAGAAUGUGAUUCUUUCCUUGUACUCGGAUCAUCUGUGAUGACUAUGUCUGCAUACCGCCUUGUCAGAGCUGCUUAUGAGUCUGGAGCUGCAACGGCCAUUGUAAACAUAGGCCCAACACGGGCUGAUGAUUUUGUGCCCUUGAAAAUCAGUGCUAGAUUGGGAGAGAUUUUGCCAAGAGUGCUUAACGCUGGGUCUCUCAGCGUUCCUUCACUUUAGGGAAAACAUUAUAAAGGUAAAAAUGGAAGAAUACUCAUUUGUUUUCUGGGCCUAAAAGUUUAUUAGAUGACUCGUUUUUCUUCUCGUGCUCCAAUGAAGCAUUGACACUGAUUGAACUUCAGUGAAUUGGCUUGUAAUUCUUGUCAGCGGAGUAAUAUCUUGACUUUAAUUUUCCCCUAUGUUCUGUAUCUGUCUAUUGCUGCACAUAAUCUUUUUUUCUGUAAAUAGGAGGCCUAGGGGAACAUGUUAGACUGUAUAUUUAUAUUGCCCUCUGCACGUGAGGAAUGCCUUUGACUCAUGGUUAGUGCCAUUUUAUUUGGGGUCAAUCGGAGUAUCCAUUGCAUUGUCUAGAAAACUGGACUGGAGCAGAUGGUUGGAGCCGACACCUGGUAGCUUAAAUGGUUCAGGUAAAUAUUCAAAACUGUUUCGUUGGUUAACCGUUCAAAACCAUCAAAACCGUUUGAAAUAGAAUUAACCAAUAAAUCAUUUGACCAAAUGGUCUAAUUCUUGGGGAUAAACUUUGAUAUCCAGG